AUGGGCACUACCACGUGCACAAUGAUACACGUGACUAUCUGUCGAGCUCUUGUAUACAUAGGUUCCUUGGAGCUAGUCCGCUGCCGGCCCUGCGACGAAAAAGAAGAAGAAGAACGUGCCAUCACCACCACCCCCUCCUCAAGCCUCGGUGGCUGCUACAGAGCCCACCAGGCGUGUCACCAGAUCUGUUCUGCCGCCCCAUCCAAGCCACCACCUGCACCAGCUCAGCCAAAGACCACAAAGCGUGGCACAAAAAAGGUUGUCAAGAAGGAAGAGAAAGUGGUCGCCGGCCUUUUCAAGUCAGCACCACCACCACCGGAGGCUCCCCCAGCAGCCAUCCCCAAGCCCACCAAGCGUGCUUCUAAGCGCAAGGCUCCUGAGGAGCAUGAGUCUGUCGUUGCUGGUCCUUCGGAGCCGGCUCAACCACCAUCGAAGAAGAGAAAGGCCGACCCCAAAGGAAAGGGCAAAGCCGUUGAGCUUCCUGGGGAGGGGGAGAAGCAGCCAGGGGAGAUGUCAACUGUCAAGGCUGACUCUGUGCUGACUUCUCCUUCUGCUCCCGUCUCUGCGUUGAAGACCCGUUCCGGCCGGGCACUCAGCAAUAAGGGAAAGGGAAAGGAGGUUGCAGCUCCACCCAUGAAGCCCUACGCCGAGGCCGCGGCUUCAGCGAUGGCUAGCAGUGUCUCUGCAGAUGAGAAUGGCGAAAAGAAUGAGGUUCGCCCCUCAUCCUCUCGGUUCCCUGUCUUAGGGGCCGAUGAGGCGCCAUCCCCAACCUUGCAAGUUGGGCCAGUAUUCGGCACUGGUAAUCUGCAAGGCGCUGCGAACCAUUCGUCUGUGCCAGAGCUGCAGCAAAGUCGUGAGGGCUCCCCUGUUCUUGAGAGAGGUGGUGACGAUACUGUCACCAAAUACGUCCACCAACAUUGGCCAGUCCUCCCUCCACAACCAAAGUUGCCUCCGGCAUAUGUCUUUCCAUCACACUUCACCAACGCACAAUACGCUACUGAGAUUCCUGCUGCCAUCCCUGGCGGCCAGGUCUGGGACCACAACACGAACCGCCACGUCAACGUGGACCUAGAUCUAAUUAGCAAGUACUAG